AUGCAAGACAUUCGCUAAAUGAGGUAAAAAUAUGAAACCUUAAAACAAUCGAAUCCUAACACUCCCAAGAAAUGCCUCACUCCUUCCAUAUCAGCUCAAUAUGUUAAAACUAGUCCAGGUUUAUAGAUGACUCCUCCCUCGAAUCCAAAACUUAAGAAAGUUUGCAAUAAUUGUCUGAAUCGAUCACUCAUGAGACAGAAGGAGUGCAGAGUGUAAUAGGAACGAUAGGAAGAUCAGAAAUUGUACUAAUAAGUCAAAUAAUCGAUAGAUCAAGAAAAUCAAUAUAGGGAUUAGUUGGCUGAAGAAAAUAGAAGGAAAUUCUUCACUUAUCACAAGAUUAAUGGGGAUUUAAUACAAUAGCAUCAAUAGAGAGUUAAAACUGAAUAAUCUAAUGAGAAAGCCGAAGUAGCUAACUUCUUCAAAUAGUUAGAAAGGGAUGAAUAUCUUCACAAGAUUAAGAAAUAAGAAAAGAAGGAAUUAUUGCAAUAAUAUUAUCUGAGAGAUCUUAAAAAUUAAAUAUCAUUUAAGGAAGAAGAAAAGUUUCAAUAAAAGUUAUAAAACAACAAAUCUGACAUCAUAGAGUCUUAGUAUUGGACCUAAUUGGAGAGUGAGCAAAUUCAUAGUCAAUAAAUUAAAGCCCAAUAGUAACGGUAGAUGAUAAACUAUUGGAAAUACACAUUAGGGGAAAAACAGAAAUUGAAACAGGAACAGGAAGAAAUGAAUAAAAUGGAAUAGGAACAACUCAAGUAUGUACAAAAAAGCAAUGAGAAAUUGAAUAAAGCAGCUGAAUUAGCAAAAAAGCAAUAGAUGGAACAAUUCAAAUAAGAAAUCUAAUAUCAAGUUAAAAUUAAUGAAUAAAAAAGAAAAGAUGAGGAAAACAAAAAAUAACAGGAAUAUUACACUAUGAUUUAAUACAAACAAUAAGAAGAAUAACGUGAAAAAUAAAAGUAACUGGAUAAAUCCAUGGAGAAAUAGGCCCUUAUUAAAGAGAUUGAGUAGUAGAUUAUUUUUAAGUAAAAAGUAUAGAAAGAGCAAAAGGAAAAAGAGUUGAGUCAAAGCGAAAAGAAAUUAUUGAUUUAGGAAGUUCCUAUAAAAUUGGUCUGCUGUGAUGAAUGCAAACAUACUUGUCCAUCAAAAGUUAUUACUAAUAUAUUAUAAUGA